AGCAUCUGGAGUCCUGCCUGGGCUAGUAGGUUGGGGCUUGGGGCUUGGAGCUUGGGUCCUGGAGCAUGGCCGCGUGGGGAAGUCAGCGGUAAAAUUGCAGAUAGGAGAUGGUUUUUGGAUCCAUAGUUUAAGCUGAAACCCAUAAGGACAAAACCAGUAAGAGAAUCGUCAUGACAGAUUGGUCUCAGCUCCCUAGGGACGUAGUAGAGGUGAUAGCGAGACGACUAACGACCUAUUUCGAUGCCCUUCGAUUUCGUGCGGUCUGUUCUUCAUGGCGAUCGGCUGUAUCGCAGAGUCCUCACCGCUUGCCGUGCCAUUUCCCAAUUGUGCCCAACGAGGGUUUCGUCGAAACCACAUGCGGUUUCUACCUCUCAAAGCGCACGAUUUAUCGUCUCGGAUUGCCGGAGGAUCGCAUUUCGACCUGCAUCGGCUCCAGCGAAGCUUCCGAUGGGUGGCUGAUUAAGGUCGAAGAAGAUGUUCCCGAUAUGAUGCAUCUGUUGAAUCCUCUCACCGAGACCCAAAUCAAGCCCUUACCUUCCAUGUUCCCCAAGGUAUUGGAUUUGUCGGAUCUCCGAAUCUCUGAAUUGGGUCAAGACUAUGUUCUUCAGUACAUUAAUUACCGUCCCUUUGUCAAUUCCUUCGUCGAUGCUGGUAGUUUGUAUAUGGAGAAAGUCGCCUUCUUCUCUUCGAAUUCUUCUUUAUCUGCUUCUUCGCCUGCCGACGACAACGACAAGUUUGCCCUCUUGACGAUUCAUGUUUCUGGGAAAUUGGCCAUGUUUAAGUCAGGAGACGAGAAAUGGACUAUCAUAGAAGACCAACGCUCUCCCUACGACGACGUGAUAUGCUUCAAGGGAAAAUUCUAUGCGGUCGAUAGCAUGGGAAGGAUUGUCAUUGUCGAGCCUUCUGCAACUGUGACCUUAAUUGCAUCCCAUGAAUCCCAUGUAUUUGGAGGUGACAAGAAGUAUUUGGUGGAAUCCGAGGGGGAUUUACUAUUGGUUGAUCUGUACCUCAGCAUGGACACUGGAGACGAUUCACCUUUCGAAAACAUGGACAUCGACGAUGAUUUCUAUGAACGUAUUGAGUCGUACAUUGUGGAGAAAACUGUCCGAUUUAAAGUUUACAAACUCUAUGAAGGCAGGCAGAAUUGGGUUGAGCUGCAAUCCUUGGGUGACCGCCUAUUGUUCUUGGGCGACAAUUGCUCGUUUUCCGCCUCGGCCUGUGAUUUCCCUGGUUGUAAAGGGAACCGCAUCUACUUCACCGACGCUUUUAACUGUUCAAAUGGCGAGGAUGAUUAUGGAUUCAAGGAUGUAGGAGUAUUCAACUUGGAUGAUGGUUGCAUCGGACCUUUAGCUUCUUAUCCAGGCUAUUCCAAGUUAUUCUGGCCGCCUCCAUCUUGGAUUGCUGACCCCAGUGCUGGAAGUGAGGACUCAUCUGCCAUGGUUAUAUCUUUUAAUGCUGUUCCUUGAAUUUUCUUGGGCAUGGUUCUAGUUUAGUCGCUCCAUUGCAUAUCUUGGACAUAGUUCUACCUUAGUCACUCCAUUGCAUAUCUUGGACAUAGUUCUACCUUAGUCACUCCUUUGCAUUAUCUUAUGCCAUUUGUCAGUUGUAAUCUUUAAUCUUGAUUUUGCAAUUGACAAAUUGGACAAAGCCAUGACCAACGUGCAACCUCUGCAUCUGCAUGUAAGGUAUAACAUGGGGGGCCUUCAAGGAUGAUGACUUCAAUUAGUGUUUUCUCUUCUCUUUGUGCUCAUGUUCCCCUCAAGGAUGAUGUCUUCAAUUAGCGUUCUCUCUUCUCUUUUGAGCCUUUUCUCAACCAAAAAAAAAAAAAACGUUCUGAUAACACUUUGUACCCUUUACAGCACAGACAAAAGAAUCUUUUUUUUUUUUUUUUGCUUGAUCCUGAAUCUCAUGCUAUGAGAUUUUUCAGUAAAUUACAGGGCAGUCCUGACUAGAAUUCUUAAAGAUAAAACAAUGAUAGCAGUCAAAUAAACAUGAAGGGACAGAAGAGACGCUAGAAUUAAUAUGCAACCAAUGACUCAUCAACUAACAUAUGACCAUUAAGAGUUGAUCUUGUAAAAGACGAUGCCAAGAGCCCAAGGGUUUUUGAAGCGGAAAAAGAAUAGUAUUUGUCGAUAGUGAAGGGAAUUAUUAGAUUUAUUCCCCUGUCAAGCAUGUUAAAACUUUUGAAUUUUUAACACGGCUUGUGGAAACAGAAAGAUUCAGCAGCAAUUCAUUCAUCUGGAGAAGGGAAACAACAUUAGUUGGACUUUUCUCCUUGGAGUUUGUAGAGCUUGGGAUGUGUGAUAGACAAAGGCACCAUAGCAAGGAGCUCCUUGACAUUAAAUUGGAAGAACAUUGGAGGUUAUAGGACUUGAAGAUGUUUGAGGGGGGAAAGAUUUUUUGGGGGUGGGACGAGAAAAAAAAAAAAAAAAAAAAAAAUCUUAAGUAGGGUCAAAAAGCCAUUUAGCUUUAGAUUGAAAACUUUUGCUUUGGCAUCGAAAGGCUAUCUCCUCUUAUCAGUGUAUGGAGACAUGAAAAUUUAAACUGGUAUUCCUCUUUCUUCUUGUCCUAUUAGUUACUGCUAGAUAAAUGGAGGAGUGUUCUGAUUUUCUGGUCAGUAUUUUUUCCGUUUCUUAUAAAUAAUAAUUUAUAAAAUUUUAGCCCUCUAGUUAUACAAUACUUCUCUGUGUUGAGAAGUCCCUUAUCUUUCCGUCUUUCUUCAUCAAUAUUAAUAUUCCUGUAUCAGCAAGACUUCCACUUCAUAAAUGGUGUUCAUUCAUUUUCUUGGGGUGUGGGUGGGAUAAAUGGUGUUAAUUGAUUCAUGCAGCAAUGUUAAGGAACUCAAGAUCCAGUGGUUGAGCUCUGAAUUGUAUAUUUUGAUUAUAUGAUUUUAUUGUAGCUUUACCACAGUCAUGAUACCUCUAUUGAUAUUCCACAUUGACAUAUUGUAAUGCCAUAAAUGAGUUCAGUAUGGUUCUAUUUUUUAGUACAUUUUGAUGAUAGAGGUUAAUACUUCUUUAUAUUGAAUGUUGAAUUGGCAUUUGUAGAGACAUUGGAUCAGCUGCUGUCCAUGGACAAUUUUAUGAGAUCAAGCACCUCCACCCAACCCCCCCUCCCAAAAA